UCAUCGAUCACCGGAACAAGCUAGCGACAAUCAACGUUUCCGGCGGGCGGCCCCCAUAAUUCAGGCUCAUUCAGGCAAGCUUGGAGUGAGGUAGCCGUCCGUUGAUCGACAAGUGCGCGUGCUAUUACUUCACGGGCAUAUAGACACACCAGGCCGAAUAGCUUGCUUGUUCGUCCGUCCCCACAGCUCGCGCGACCAUGGUGUGGAGGCAGAGCUUCCUGGACCUGAUCCUCAUCCCGCUCAGCCUGCUCCUCCCCAUGCUCUACCACGCCUGGCUCUACCGCGCCGUCCGCCGGCACCCACUCUCCACCGCCUUUGGAGUCUACUCUGCCAGCCGCCGCGUCUGGAUCUCCGGCAUGAUGAAGGACAACGACGACAAGAAGGGCGUGCUGGUGGUGCAGUCCCUCCGGAACGUGAUCAUGGGGUCCACGCUCAUGGCCACCACGGCGGUGCUCUUCUGCACGGGCAUCGCCGCCGUGCUCAGCAGCACCUACACCAUCAAGAAGCCCCUCAGCGACGCCGUCUUUGGCGCGCACGGCGAGUACAUGAUGGCGCUCAAGUACGUGGCGCUGCUGAUGCUCUUCCUCUUCGCCUUCCUCUGCCACUCGCUCACCAUCUGCUUCCUCAACCAAGCAAGCUUCCUCAUCAACACCUCUGCCCUUUCCGGAGACCUCGUGACCGGCGAGUUCAUUGGCGAGAUCCUCGAGCGCGGGUUCACGCUCAACUUCGUCGGCAACAGGCUCUUCUACGCCGGGGUGCCCCUCCUGCUAUGGAUCUUCGGCCCGCUGCUGGCCUUCCUGUCGUCCCUCGUCAUGAUCCCGAUACUGUACAACCUCGACGUCGUCAACGUUUCCGGCGGCGGAAAAGGGUCCUCGUCGGAGCACAGCAGCGGCUGCGUCAACGCCAAGGCCGACACGAACGGCAACGGAUGCAUGCAUGUCUGAUCAACGAUCCACCCAAGCAACAAAGCAAGUGCGGCUCGAUUGGUGGAGGAGGAAAAAGAUGUUUUGAUCAGUUAUUAUUUGAUCCUCGCGUGCGCGCGUCCGUUUGCUUUACAGGAUUAUUAUCAUCUUACUUAAUGUGUAUGCACGAUGAAACUGAUGAUACAGUAGACUGCCACAUUGGUGUACUUCAGGGUUCCCUUGUCAGCGAACGAGUGGGUUCUUUCUUGUCAGUUUGUACUAGGAACUAAUGCAUGACAUGGAACCCAUAUGCGUCUUCGAUCGUAGCGCUGCC